GCCGAGCACCGUCGCAUCGCAUCGCCUCCUAUCUCCACUCUCUCCUCGCCUCACGCUUUCCACACUGAUACGGCACCCAGUCGCCGCCUCGUCACGAUCUUGGAGAGAGAGGGAGAGACAGAGUUGGAAGGAUGAGUUCUUGGGGGUCCGUGUCCGCGGCGCCGGAGCGGGACAUCGAUGACCUGCCGCGGAACGACGCCAACUACACGGCGCUCACGCCGCUCUGGUUCCUGGAGCGCGCCGCGCUGGCGCAGCCGGGCAGGGCGUCCGUCGUGCACGGCCCCAUGCGCUACACCUGGGCCGAGACCUACCGCCGGUGCCGCCGCUUUGCGUCCGCCCUCGCGCGCCGAUCCGUCGGCCACGGAAGCACGGUUGCUGUAAUAGCCCCAAAUGUCCCAGCAGUUUAUGAAGCUCAUUUUGGCGUUCCAAUGGCCGGAGCUGUAGUCAACUGCGUCAAUAUCAGGUUAAAUGCCGAGACAAUAGCAUUCCUUCUUGAGCAUUCUGUAGCAGAAGUUGUGAUGGUGGACCAAGAAUUCUUCACCCUCGCUGAAGAAUCCCUAAAGAUAAUCACCGAGAAGAAGAAAUCAGCUUUCAGGCCUCCUAUCCUGAUCGUUAUUGGUGACCCAACCUGUGAUCCAAAGUCCCUGCACUAUGCUCUAGGAAAGGGAGCUAUAGGGUAUGAAGAGUUUCUGAAAACUGGUGACCCAGAGUUCAACUGGAAGCCACCAAAGGAUGAAUGGCAGAGCAUCGCCCUAGGCUACACUUCGGGGACUACUUCCAGCCCAAAAGGCGUCGUGCUGCAUCACCGCGGUGCCUAUCUCAUGGCGCUCAGUGUUGCUAUGGUGUGGGGAAUGCCUGAAGGGGCUGUUUACUUGUGGACUCUGCCCAUGUUCCACUGCAAUGGCUGGUGCUAUACUUGGGCGCUGGCAGCCUUCUGUGGAACGAGCGUAUGCCUUCGCCAGGUGAGCACGAAAGCUAUAUACCAUAGCAUUGCGAAGCUAGGUGUGACGCACUUCUGUGCUGCACCGGUCGUGCUCAACAACCUCAUCAACGCUCCGGCAAGCGAGACGUUCCUGCCGCUCCCCCGCGUCGUAAACGUCAACGUGGCCGGAGCCGCCCCGACGCCGUCCCUUCUCGCCGCGCUGUCCAUCCGCGGCUUUCGAGUCACGCACACGUACGGCCUGUCGGAGACCUACGGGCCUUCGACGGUGUGCGCGUGGAAGCCCGAGUGGGACGAGCUGCCGCUGGAGGAGCGGUCCCGUCUGCACUGCCGGCAGGGCAUCCGGUACAUCGCGCUGGAAGGGCUGGACGUGGUGGACCCGAAGACGAUGGCGCCCGUCCCGGCCGACGGCAAGACCUACGGCGAGAUCGUGAUGCGCGGCAACGCCGUGAUGAAGGGUUACCUGAACCCCGAGGCGAACGCGGAGGCGUUCGCGGGCGGGUGGUACCACUCGGGCGACCUGGGAGUGAAGCACCCCGAUGGGUACAUCGAGGUGAGGGACCGGAUGAAGGACGUGAUCAUCUCAGGCGGGGAGAACAUCAGCAGCCUGGAGGUGGAGAAGGUGGUGUGCAUGCACCCGGCGGUGCUCGAGGCCUCGGUUGUCGCCAGGGCCGACGAGCGGUGGGGGGAGUCGCCGUGCGCGUUCGUGACGCUCAAGGACGGAGCCGCUGACGGCACGGAGGACACCGCGAACGACAUCAUGCGGUUCUGCCGGGAGAGGAUGCCGGGGUACUGGGUGCCCAAGUCGGUGAUCUUCGGGCCGCUGCCCAAGACGGCCACGGGGAAGAUCAAGAAGAACGAGCUGAGAGCCAAGGCCAAGGAGCUGGGGCCUGUCAAGAAGAGCAGGAUGUGAAGGUGUGAACCCUGGUGCUGAGACAGGAGUAUAGUACAGGGGAAAAGGAAAAUGGUUGGGCCGACGUCGUUACAUAAAGGAAACCAGAAAUUUCACCGGCGAAGUACCUUCAAAGUCCUGGGAUUUCAAAAUAUGCACAGAGGUUGAUUACUUUGUGCUUUAUUCAGUUGUAUCCUUCAGAGAUUCAGAUCAGAUCUGUAUUUUACAGUUUGGAGCAGAGUGGUCGCUGCUGCCAUGUGCUAAGGAGACCAUGUUUGCCAUUCUUCA